UCUUGUAAUUAAUUACGUUUGAUGACAGUUCAAUAAUCUGUCAAAAAUGAUUAUUUUAAAAGUUUUGCUAAUAUUUUUUGUAUCCAAUUUCACCCUUACGGAAGAACCUCCAGGUAACAUAACCGAUUUGAAUAUCUGUAAAGUGAGUCACCUCGGUCUAGAAUAUACAGGACAUAUUGCGAAAAGUGAAAGUAAAGUGAGGUGCCAGUCCUGGACGUCAGAAGUGCCACAUAAAAUUAGAGAGGAUCUUUUGGAUUCUCAAUUUUCUGAUGUUUCGAAAAAGAAGGCAAAAAAUUACUGUAGAAAUCCGACAAAGGACAACGUAGGUCCUUGGUGCUAUACCAUGAACUAUGACUUACAAUUUGAAACUUGUGGUAUACCCUUAUGUCAGUACUCGCAGUGCAAAGUCACGGGACCUGGUAUGGAGUAUGCAGGUGAACAUAAAAAAGGCGUAUCUGGCAGAAACUGUUUAAAGUGGAAUAAAGAUAGGAAGAAAGUAAAAGAGAACGGAAAGUACGUCAGUAUACCAAAAUUCAGCAAACAAUUCUUUCCUGAAGAAAAUCUCGGAGAUGCGAAAAAAUUUUGUAGAAACCCCGAUGGAGACAUUGGAGGGCCUUGGUGUUUUAUUGAAAAUGAAAAUACUGAUGAAAUUGAAAGGGAAUAUUGCGAUAUUCCAUUUUGUGACGAUCCAGAGUGCCUUGUUUUCGCGAAAAACUCCCAUAGCUACAUGCACUACACAGAUUUUAAUGAGUCCUUGACCAACCUAUCUUUCGGAGUGAAAUUAUGGGAUUCCGAUACUUACCUGGGUGCAAGUGCACGAUUGGUUUUAUCCGUAUUAGCCUUACCCCUCACAGGCAAGGAAAUAGAUGAUAGUGGAGUUGGCAUCGAAAUUUUAAUCGGAAACAAUUUUUCCACUUUACGUUAUGGUAAUAAAGAUCAACCCGAGUAUGAACCCACUUAUGGAAUUUUGAAAUCAACAGAAUUUACGAAGUUUUCUCUGAGCUGGCACGCAGGAUUCAUAACUUUUGGAUUGGAAGGGCACGUAAAGCCCAUCUUUCUAGCAGAAUACAAAACGAAGAGCAAUUUACUUGGCUUUAAGAAGAAUAUGUUCUAUUAUUACUCUGUACAAGGUAACAAUUUGUUGUGGCACUUUCCUUUCUGCAAAGAUGAUUCUGGAUGUGAUGUUCACACAACAACUGGAAAAGAAUUUCAACAAUUCUGGUUUCUAAGAGAACAAGCCGCAUCUUAUGACUUGUACACCCAUGUCAGAGCUUUUCAUUCUGCACGAAUAUUAUUUGUCUCUAGUCCUACUAAGGAUUAUCCUCAGGUGAAGGUGACAUUUUCCGGAAAAAAUAAUUAUACCACGAUAACCUCUGUGGCGUACAGUGGAGCUUCUGAAGUGAUACUGAAAAAGUUAUUUUUGGGCAGUAUUCUGGAUUAUUGGAAAUGGCGCCAAUUUUCAAUCAGCUUUUUCGCAGAUAAUAUGAAUAUUUACAUUAAGAAGUCUCUGGGUUUGCAGGUUAUAACAGAGUUGUCUGAUGAAAUUUUCAGAAAAAUGCGUUGGUUUAGCGUUAGUUCUGAAAACACUGUAGCUCAUUGGAGUUUUUUCUGCACCCCUCCCAAAAUUUUUGAUCCCCUUCCUGCAUUUUUACCUGAAUGUGCUCUCAAUUCUCAAGAAUCUAAUUAUAAAGGUACCCAGGACAUUACAAGUGAGGGAUUACCGUGCUUACCGUGGUCGGCAUCAAAUCUUCUGGGAAAAGAGGUGAAAUUUUCAAAUGAUUCGACAUUAAAAGCUUGGAAUUAUUGCAGAGAUCCUAGUGGAACUAACAAGGGAACUUAUUGUUAUGCCCUUUCUUUGGUUCCCGAAAAAAAAAUCGAAGAAAAACCUUGUCGUUUGAGGAAGUGUAAAUCCGAGCAAUGUAGAAUGGCUGGAACUGGAAAUGAUUUUAUUGGGAGCCUAUCCACUACCAGGUCGAAUAGAACUUGUGCCCCAUGGGUGAUUGACACAUUCAGUAUGAAUGCUGUAAAUACGAAGAUCUGGAAUGAUACUCUGUUUCCUGAUAUGACUGCAAUAAAAGCCAAAAACUUUUGCAGAAAUCCAUCCAGGAAUAUAUCAGGUAGUUGGUGUUACACUACAGACUCGGAUGUUCCAGAAGAUGCAUGUAAUGUUAGAGAUUGUGAUAGACCUGAGGAGUGUACAGUUGUCGUUGCAUCAAUUUUACUAGAUAGAAAAACCUACAUUCUUCCUCAAUGGAAAGAGACUGGCUUGAGGGGAGGACUGAGAUUUGCAAUCAAAGAAUGGAAUCCAGAUCUACUGGAUGGAAUCAGUAUUUUGAUAAGUUCAAAAACCGGAUUGGAUAACAUCCUCUUACAGAUAGCAGCAGAAUAUAAUGAAAAAGUUCUACUGUUUCAUAACUCCAAACUGAUUCAAGAAAAAACACUGCCCCACCUUAUAGCAGCAGGAAAGUGGACAGAUUUCUGGCUUCAAAUAAGAAGAGGCGAGCUAAUGCUAGGCCUUGAAGGUGUGCCAACGUCUCUAUUCGAAUGGAAAAGUGCCGACAAAGACAAAGACUUUGAUCCCAUGUAUCUAAACUAUGCUUCAAUUUUCGGAAAACCUAUGGGACUGUUUUUCAAAUGUGACGAGUGCCACACUGAAAAUAUAUCUGUUUACAAUUUUGAGAGAUAUUACCCAAUUGGAUUAUGGUUGGAUGAACGUCCCAUUUUCAGACAUUUCAGUUUGCAAUUAAGAGGUGUGGGAAUAACUGCUGUACGUCUAAUGGUUUUGCCAGAAUCGCCAAAUUUUUACCUGUUUAAUCUGGAUAUUAAUAAUGGUAUUUAUAACUUGAUUAUUUUUUAGAAUUGAAUAGUAGCUUUAUUUUCACAUGCGU